CUGGGCUAGUAGUUACAGAUCACGACAGUGGAAGAGUCUACAAUGUGGACUUUUGUUGCACAACUUCUUCAAUGAAAAUUAGAUAUUAUUAGGUAUUGGUGACUUGUUUGUACUAAGCGCAUAAAUCAUGGAUGUCCAAAGUUCACUGUUUAGUCCUUUGAGAACACCGAAAAAGAAGAUUAAGAUGGAAACAUUUAGUCACAAUUCAAAAUCACCCAGUAAGAAAAGUCAUCAGGAAUACAAUAACAUGACAGGUACAAGUAAUUUCAAAGAGUCCCCGAAGUCCAAGAAAAGGAAGAAAUCUUUGCAAGAUUUUACACUUCCACAGAUGAAGGACAUUGUAAUUAGCAUGACUGAAGACUCCUCACCAAAGAAAGCUCGCAGGCACAAGUCAUCACCUGGCAAGAAAUCAUCUGGUAUCACACUUUACGAAAAACAUCAAAACGGUUCUCUCAAUAACUUGGACAACUCUCUUCAAAAUGGAAGACACCACUCUCCUUUAGGUUCAACUAAUGAAUUUACAUCUCCUGGUAAGACUCGCAAGCACAAGGCAGCAGAUACGAUGAAUCAGGAUUCCCCCAGAUCAGCAUUUUCUUCUGAGGUCACAGGAUCGCCGAGUCUUAAAGGAGCCAGUGCUAGACAGUUACAGAAACAGGCAAAUGAUUCUCCUGUUUCAGACACAUCUACUAAGAAGUCCAGUAGGAAGUCAAUACUGAAACAAGAAGACGUUUCUCCUAAGAGUUCUCCAGAGAGAUAUACAUCACUGCAGUCUCCAGCUAAGAAACAAAAGUCUUCAGAAUUACCUGUGUUUGGUGACACACCAAAAACAUCAAAGAGGGUGAAGCUUACUAGUCCAGCAAGGUUGAGAACAUCUUCAUCAGCAGGAUCUGAUAAACAUGACUCUGUGUUAAACUCACCAUCAAGGGAAACAGCUGACAACAGGCUGAGCUAUAAAUGUCCAGAAGAUUUUACCCCAUUCAGCUUUGAAAAUUCGUCACUGGAAUACGUGUCAUCAGAGGACUACAGUCUGGAUAGCUGCAAGCUGUUUCUCAUCAAAGCUCCAGCUAAUUUUCCUAUCUCACGACUUCCCAGCAAGAUCGUUUUGAAUGGUGUGCAGUCUUUUAGCUGUAAUAAGACUCCCUAUGAGGUUCACUCCUUUUUAGAUGAGGAAAAAUCAUCUUUAACAUCUCUAGUACAUAAUUCAGACACACAUCGACUGGAACAAGGUCCAUCUUUUGUGGGACAGAUUCAUGUGAUGCAGUCAUUGAGUGUCCCACAUGAACCCAACACCUCAUCUGCACCAGAACCACAACACGUUCCCUUCCCUGAGGGUUUACGUGUUAGAUACACACCAUUUGGUUCAGCUGAUCCUGUCUGCUUCAGUAAAGAACAUGUCCGUGCCUCUAAGUCAAAGAAAAAACCCAAAAAAGCUAAAGAUGUUCAAGCAGAUGUUACAGACAGUGUGUGUGAUUCUUCCAAGGAAAAGAAGGAAAAGAAGAAAAAGAAAAAAACCCAAAAAGCUAAAGAUGUUCAAGCAGAUGUUACAGACAGUGUGUGUGAUUCUUCCAAGGAAAAGAAGGAAAAGAAGAAAAAGAAAAAACCCCAAAAAGCUAAAGAUGUUCAAGCAGAUGUUACAGACAGUGUGUAUGAUUCUUCCAAGGAAAAGAAGGAAAAGAAGAAAAAGAAAAAAACCCAAAAAGCUAAAGAUGUUCAAGCAGAUGUUACAGACAGUGUGUGUGAUUCUUCCAAGGAAAAGAAGGAAAAGAAGAAAAAGAAAAAACACAAACAUUCUGAGUGAAUAGACGUUUGGUUAUUUGAAAGAUAUUAAAUAUGUUAAAGCUAA